AUGACGACGCUUGGUCAGUCGGGCAAGAAUCCGGUCAUUCCCUUGGUCUCUGAGUACAAUGCUGGCGAGGUCGCUACUACCGAGUUGUUCCGUUCUUGGCAACAUGCUGGUAACAACGUCAAGCGUAAGCAUGACAUGAUUGUACUGGCAGACGAACAAGAACCGGAACACGUCCUUCGGGUCAUCAAGGAGUUCGAUCAAGUGACCGGCAACUCAGCCUUGAAUUUGGACACGGGUACAUUGAGGGCUAACUUCUUUGUCAAGUGUCUUCAAGGCUCUGCUCGAGACAAGUGGAACGUGAUUCGAGCAGCGCGUCCUGGUGCAGCUGUUGCUGACUUCGAUGCCUGUAUUAAUUCGUUCAUUGCGAAGUUCGUUGAAGACACGGAUCUCGCUGAUCAGACUCGAUACCUGCAGACUGCGACCAAGCCCUUCAAGCUCGAUUGCAAGACCUUGUGGUCUCGGUUGGAGUACAUCAACACCUUGAUGGCGAAGUUUCCUGGCGCAAACAAUGCGAACCCUUUUGAUGCUCCUGCUCUCAAGAUGAUGUUUUACAACAUGAUGCUUCCCCAGUGGAAAGACAAGUUUGCCGAUUCCGCUCAUGACAUUACGGUAAUUGGCUCAGUGCAAAUGGUUCGCUUCUUUGCCCGUCAAGAAAAGAAUUACAACGCUCGCCAACAAGGCUCUCGUGGCCGUGGUGGUCGCGGGUUUUCACGUGGUCGUUCAGGCCGCGGACAUGGAAGGAGUGGACGCUCUUCUGGCUAUCGUCGUACCUAUGGACAAGACGAUGGACCUCGAGCUGGUUACUAUCCGCCUUCCCAGCGUUUCCGUCGUGGAGGAUGGAGUCGUGCUCCUACCUGGACGUACAACCGUAGUCCUCCUCGAGAAUACCAACGUGGACAACCAGACGGACAGCAACGCAACAACACUACUCCGGUGCGCAACUUUGCCGGACGUUUCGGACGUGGUGGCUAUGCCUCAUCACCUCGUGGUCGUGGACGUGGACGUGGUUACAGUCCUCGCCGUGAUAAUUUUGUGGCUGACGGUGAUGUUCGCGAAGACGAUGUGUACCACGUCGAAGAACAAUCCUCAGAGGUUCCUGCGGCUGCUGCAAUGCCGCCUCCUGAAGAACAAGAAGAGAUGUAUUAUCAGGAAGAGCCCCAUUACUUUGAUUCCAUGACAGGGGGUUACGAUGACUAUGACGAGUCCUAUGGAUACGGUGGCGAUUACUGA